AGAGUUUGUCACUGUCAAUCUGUCAUGGCAAAACUUCACGUUCACUUUGAGUUUGGUAUUUUGAAAUUUUAUUUAAAUAAAUUAAAUUAAAAGAUACUUAUUAAUAACAUUUCUGUAUACAAAUAGUGUCCAUAACAUAAUGGCUGCCAAAAAGAUUGUAUUUAAGCCAGACAAUGAUGAUGACGAAUACGAAUAUUUAGGAACACAAUGUUUUCAAAUCAAUCCUAAUGUUGAAGAGAAAGAAAUUCCUACGAACGGCGAGGAAUAUCUACUAAAAGUGGUUAAGGAACGUGCGAAAUAUGCAACGGUAACAAAGUGUGAUUUAGAUAUAUCAGAAAUAAAUAAGAAACGUUGCAAUACUGUAAACGAGCAUGUAAAUCCUGUGCGGCCAGAACUAUUAAAACCAACAAUAGAAUGGCAAAACAUUCAAAUAGCGGACUUCUCAGAUCUUCACAUGUACGUCAUUCGUAUGGCUGCAAGAAAAAAAAAUUCACUGCCUUCGAUAUUUGAAGAAACAUAUAAAGACUUUUUGGAGGAUGGUGAGAUACAGUGGGAGAAGGUAUUUGAAAGUACGGAGCCUACACUCUCACAUGUUGUUGGGUUAACACACAAUGCAAUUGAAACUGGAUUAGAAACCAUAUUGUCGAUCCUUCAACAAGUACAACCAGGACAGUCUAUUGAUAGAAGAACAGGAUUAUGGCUCCAUGCACUGCUUACUGUCACAAGGCAUCCACCACAGUCAGAUGACAGUUUUCUACUUAGGAAGAUUUGCAGAAGAUGUGCUGAAAUAAGAGCGAGUAUUGACCAAAAUGAUGAAAAAGCAAGAGAACUAGCAACACCUUUGAAUAUUUUUAUAUGUAUCAUAGCAAAGUACUUUGGACAGCAUGACUUAGGUGACUAUGAACUCGAUGAUUCCAAAGUAGCUCAAAUUUAUUAUGACUCAAAAGUAGCACAGAUAUAUUAUUGAUGUGGAUUUUAAUGUUUACUCCUAGGUCAAAGAGAGAAGUAGUCUUUAAUACGAAUGAGACUGAUUGCCAAUGUAAGACAUAAUUUAUGGUAUGUGAAGACAACCAUUUUAAUAAAUAAAAACAUCUAAUCAUUACAUACACAUUGGCAUUGGCAUGUAUGUAGUAACUGGUUUGCUUAUAAAUAAAGUAUUGAUUUAUUAUGUACUAGCUCCUGCCAGCGGGUUCGCCCGUGGGACAAAAAUAUCCUAUACUAUACUAUAGUAUCCUUUCACUCAAGUCAGUUCAUAUGCUGUCUGUAUACCAAUUCUUAUCAAAAUCUGUUCAGUAGUUUCAGUGUGAUUGACGGAAACCAUCUAAAAAAGCAAAUAUUCACAUUUAUAAUGUUAUAGUGUGUAAAAUUGUAGAUAUGUCUUUUUAUGUAUGUACUUAGAGUCUAUAAUACAUUUGUGCCUAGUUGUGUUCUAAAUCUGGGAACAUUACAUUUUCAUCAAAAUUGAAUCUUAUUUGUCAUACUUAAUGACUGAAUUCGUUAUUUAAAUUUAAACUAUGUAUUUGUGCUAUUGUCUAGCAAUAAUUUGCUUUAGAAAUACUUUUCACUUAAGUCUUAGGUAAAACUUUUAUUAAUGAAAUGUAUAUUUUUAUGAUGUGCCUAACAAUAUACUUCAUUUUUACUGAU